AUGGAGACACACGAUCUAGCGGAUACAAGCAAAGAACAAGCGAACAGAGCUUUUAAUGGAGGUCUAAAACAACCUAUUCGCGGAUGGAAAAUGCACAUUUUAACAUUCGGACUCUGGAUGGCUCUUUUUCUUUCUACAUUAGAAACUACUAUUGUCAGCACUUCUCUAGUGUCAAUUACCAAUGCCCUGAAUGGUUUUGAUAAACGAGACUGGGUAGUUACUGCAUAUUUAAUAACUUAUACGGGAUUCCUUACGAUUUAUGCUAAACUUGGAGACAUAUUUGGACAAAAAACUAUGUUCAUUAUGGGUGUCGGCAGUUUUAUACUUUUCUCAAUACUUUGCGGUAUAUCAACAACAAUUCAAGAACUUGUCAUAUUUCGUGUCUUUCAGGGAUUUGGAGCCUCGGGCAUAUACUCCAUGACCCUCGCGAUUACGCCGAGGCUGGUACCACCUCAGCAAAUAAGUAAAUACAUGGCUCUCGUGUCAAGCGUUUUCGCAUUGGCUAGCGUUGCUGGUCCCCUCAUGGGAGGUGUAUUAAGCAAAAGUGGGAAUUGGAAAUGGAUCUUCGAACUCAAUGCCCCGGCAGGCUUCCUCGCUCUCGCUAUAAUCAUAUUCUUUUUACCAUCAAUAUCAAAUGACGACAAUGAUUCCUUCGACUCAAGCCCCCCCAAAAAGAUAUCUGCGGCUAAUCUACAACGUAUUGAUCUUCUUGGCGUGUUCCUUCUACUUGCUGCCUCCGUUCUUGUAGUUUUCUCUUUUGAAACUGCGGGAACUCAGUACCCUUGGAACAGUGGAAUAGUUAUAGUCACAUUAAUAUUGGGGUCAACUUUCUUCGUUAUAUUCAUUCUGUGGGAGCGAUGGCUGCAGAACAAGCUACCAGCGAGAGAGGAACCUGUCUUUCCACCUCGGAUUCUUUGGAGGCGUGAUAUGGCAGCCAUGUUCUUAACUUCCUUCUUUAUAGGGUUUUCUUUUACAUCUGUCGUGGUCAAUAUACCACAACGAGCCCAAGCCGUAUACGGAUACAGCCCAGAACGUGCGGGAAUCACACUGCUGCCUUUACUGUUGAGUUCUCCUCUAGCAACAGCAUUUUCUAGUUUUUUGACAUCGAAAUGCAAGGUUCCACCAACCUACCUAAUAUUGGCAGGGGUAAUAGUUCAGAGCCUUGGAAUGGGUAUGGCAUGCUCACUACCGACAAAUUCCUUAAGUUUGCCUUACCAACAGCUUAUAUUUGAGGCAAUUAUUGGAACUGGGUUUGGCUUCACGCUGACUACUACUCUAACUCUUGCACAGAUUGUGACUGCCCAGAACGACCUACUUGAUGUUACUAACGAUAUUGGAAAACCAGCGGUAACGCUAGGUGCAUUGACACAGGUCCGUGUACUUGGCGGUACACUUGGCCUUGCCAUUAGCUCUACCGUUUUGAACAGCGAUGUAUCGAACAGACUAGAACACAUUAUCGGUCUCCAGGAAGUUCAAAAUAUCACCAAGUCGUUUUCUGCCAUUGAAUCCCUCUCCCCAGGUCAGCAACGUCUCACUCGUCUUGUUUUCGCGGAGGGAUUUCAGAGACAGACCAUUGUUAUGGCAGCCUUUUCGGGAAUGGCAUUGAUUUGUUCUUUACUUUUGAUACAAAGGCGAUCUCGGGGAGCCCUGGAUACUGAAUCUAGAUCUCUUUAA